CUGUAUUCCAGAUAUUGAUGAGUGUGCUGAGGGAAAGCACUACUGCAGAGAGAACACCAUGUGUGUCAAUACUCCAGGAUCCUUCAUGUGCAUCUGCCACACUGGAUACAUCCGGAUCGAUGACUAUUCCUGCACAGAACGUGAUGAGUGUACGACAGGUCUUCACAGCUGUGAUGAGAAUGCCAUCUGUUUCAACACGGUGGGGGGCCACAGCUGCUCCUGUAAACCAGGCUAUGUAGGCAACGGGACAGUCUGCAGAGCUUUGUGUGAUGGUUUGUGCCAGAACGGAGGAUCUUGUGUAAACCCGGACACCUGUAUCUGUCAACAGGGGUUCACUGGGAAGAGAUGUGAGACAGACAUUGAUGAGUGUACCGAUGGCUUCGUGGAGUGUGACAGCAGAGCCAUCUGUGUUAACCUGCCUGGCUGGUACCACUGUGAGUGUCGGGACGGCUACCAUGACAACGGGAUGUUCUCAGCCAAUGGGGAGUCCUGUGAAGAUAUAGAUGAGUGUGCGACAGAAAGACACAGCUGUGCUAACGAUACGGUGUGUUUCAACGUGGACGGAGGCUACGACUGCAGGUGCCCUCACGGCAAGAACUGCACCGGGGACUGUAACCAUGACAACAAGCACAAACACAACGGGCAGAUCUGGGUGCUGGACAAUGACAGGUGCUCCGUCUGCUCCUGCCAGUCUGGUCUGGUGAUGUGUCGAGGAUGGUGUGUGACU